GGGAGCUUCUGCAAAAGGCGGGGCAAGUAGCUCGGGUAUGCCGAAACCAGACCCAACAACUGAUGAGCGGGUGAAGAAACAACUCGAAGGGUUCGGCAAAUCGGUCGCCAGCUUCCGGGAGUAUAUCGAGAAGGAGAACAGGAAGAAGGAGGAGAAAGAACGACGUAAACAGGAGAAGAUGGAGAGACAACACCGGGAAGAAAUGGAGCGUCAAGCGAGGGAGGAAGCACGCUUAGCUAAAGAGAGACGUAUCGCGAAGAAGCAGGCAAAGAUUAAGAAGGCGGAGGAGGAGAAAAUGGAGUUGAGCAAGGCGAUGCGCAUGCAAUUGGCAGUAUGCGUGGGAGGUCUGAGAGAACAAAUGCAAGAAGAGAUGCGGAGGAACAUGGAAGCGUUCAACGCUAUCAUUAAAGGGAAACAAGCAGCGGCAUCGCCAACAUCAACACCACCGGGAUCGCCGGUAUCGUAUACCAGUAAGUUGGAAGCAAGCGAGGUGGAGGAGAUUAGUCAGAAGGCGAAAGACUUGACCAUCGGGGAUAAGCGGAAGAGGAGUCCGGACGCUACCAUCGGGAAUAGUCCACCGAUGGAAGUACCGCCGAAACGAACACCGCGAAACACGAAGGUGAAGCCAAGAAAACUGGCGGCUAAGCUGCUGACAACAGCAUCGAAGAAAACCACAAAGAAGGGCAAGCCGGAGGAGGGAGGAAGCAAGACCCCAAAGAGAUACACACCGAAACGUGGAACGCCGAAAACUAAUAUAGCGGCAAAAAUCGGAUCAGCGGGUAAGACCAAGUUUGUAGUGGAUAACAUGCGCCAGCUUGCCGAGUACCAAGCGGAUGAUCUCAAGCUCCUGUGUCGCCGUGAAGACCUGGUAUACGGCAACAAAGUGCUUGCAGUCAUCAAUGUUGCCGAGAAGUUAGCAGAGGAGGCGUAUGGGGAGGAAGGCACAUCGGCUGAUGCCGAAGCGGAAGUUGGGAUCCAGGAAGCAUCGGACUCGACCACGGAAGGCGAAGAGGAGGACUGACUCGCGGAUGAUGGGCCGAGGCUAUGGGGACUUCGCCACGGGCUCAUCAAGCACCGUAAGGAGUCGAACACCGAAGUA